UGUACUCACACAACACAGCUAGCUAAAAUAAACAAGAGUAGAACAGGUAAGUAUAUGGGUAUGUAGUGGUAUGUAGUAUUCGAUAGGAAGAGAAAAAAAAGGAUCGUUUCUAUGGAGUAGAGAAAAUUUCGACGAAGGAAAUAGUAAGGGCAAUGUCCAAUAUUCAUUUCAUGUCUCAAUCCCCAUGUUUCAACAUUUAUCUUGUCCUGUCCAUAUUCAAUUUAAAGACUGACUUGUUUGACUGCUGCUUUUUCGUGAGGAAAAAAGAUUCCGCAUACAACAAACAUCAAACCAAUGUGUUUUUCUCUUUUCCCAAUGAGAUUCACUCAUCGAUUAUAGCUAAUCAAAGAGAGCGACAUUUUUUUUCUUAUAUUUUAAGAAGAGAAAGAAAAAAGAAAAAGAAAAACUCGGCAGAGACAUCCAUUGAGGAAUUCCAUGUCAAACAAUCCUCUAUACACCGUUUUCUUGAAUUCCUUUGCGGUUGAGUUUGUUUUUAUGUCUUUUUCUUUUUCCUACAUAUACAAACACAUAUGUUUUAUAUAUAUACACAUAUAUGUCUGUAUGUGUGUAUAUAUAUAUAUAUAUAUAUAUAUACAUCUCUUUAGUUUCUAAUCGCCUUCUUUCUUUUUGCUGUGCGUUUCUGUUCCAUUCGCUUCUUUUUUUGCUUUCCCCUAUUCGGCAACUUUAUUUUAUUUUUGCUUCUUUCCAACCGAGCCCCAUUCCCAUUAUCCAUCGAUCCCGUUCUCUCCCGAGCAUCGGUAAUGUUCUAAAUGCCGAUCCCAGAUGCCGAUGAAAACGGGAGAUUGGCAUUCCUCUAGAAAUAAAUAAACAAAAACCAGUUUUCCAUGUUUUUGUUUCGUUUCUUGGUUUAAUGUUUAUGUUUUAUGAGAAAACAGCUUCUCUAUAAAAGAAAGAAUGAAUUUAAAACACUAGAACGAACGAUUCGGAAAUGGGAAUUUGGUUUUCAAGUUGGAAAACUCGUUUUAAAGUCGUUCAAUCCUUUUCCCUCACGUUUUAUCCUUCCGAAUCAAAGAUUUACCUCGUUUCUAAACAUUUCCAUCUCUCCACCUCUUUCUCUCUUCCUCUCUCCAUUUCCCUCCGUCUAUUUACCGUACCUUGUCUCCGAUGUUGCUUCUUCUCUCCGGUAUUCUUUUGUUUACCUUGGUACCUGCGCAGCCAGUGUUGGUUCGGUUAUGUGCAUUGAGAAUCGUUUGUUGGUGCGCGCUAAUUCUCUUUAAAUUCCCUCCAUAAGGAAUGCCGAACUUGGGUAAAUGAAACGACAUUCGGCAAAUUUAUUUUCGCUUCGGUUUUGGGUAUUCAACUAGAAUGACGUGUGGACGGGUACAUAAAUAUGUAUAUAUAUACUAUACAUAUGCGCAUCUUGUACGACUGUACUGCUACUGUUCUUUUGUUGGAACGUAC